AUGGCCACCGUCACCACCCAAGCUUCCGCCGCUAUUUUCCGGCCAUGUGCCUCAAAAUCUAGGUUUCUGACCGGGUCUUCCGGUAAACUGAACAGGGAAGUGAGUAUGAGGCCAAUGGGGUGCCCUCCUUCAGCUUCUUUCAAGGUUGAAGCCAAGAAAGGAGAGUGGUUGCCAGGCUUGGCCUCCCCAGCUUACCUCAACGGCACUCUUCCCGGUGACAAUGGGUUUGACCCUCUGGGGCUUGCUGAGGACCCAGAGAACUUGAGGUGGUAUGUUCAAGCUGAGCUUGUGAAUGGACGUUGGGCCAUGUUGGGUGUUGCAGGAAUGUUGCUUCCUGAGGUUUUCACCAAAAUUGGAAUCAUCAAUGCUCCUCAAUGGUUUGAUGCAGGGAAAGCAGAGUACUUUGCAUCAUCCUCCACCCUCUUUGUGAUUGAGUUCAUCUUGUUCCAUUAUGUGGAGAUCAGAAGAUGGCAGGACAUUAAGAACCCUGGCAGUGUCAACCAAGACCCCAUCUUCAAGCAAUACAGCUUGCCCCCACAUGAGUGUGGAUACCCUGGUAGUGUUUUCAACCCCUUGAACUUCGCACCAACUUUGGAGGCCAAGGAGAAGGAACUUGCCAAUGGGAGAUUGGCUAUGUUGGCAUUCUUGGGAUUCAUAGUUCAACACAACGUGACAGGGAAAGGACCAUUUGAGAACCUCUUGCAGCACCUCUCUGACCCAUGGCACAACACCAUCAUCAAUACAAUUCGUGGCUACUAA